GAAGGUUAUGCGCAGAAGAGUUCGAAAAGUGUUUGCAAUUUGGCGCGAAAUUCUUCUAUAGUGGAACGCAAGAAAAAUCAUCCAAAUCUACCGUUCAAAAUAUCUAAAAUGACUAUUACACUCAGCGAAGGAGCUAUCCAAGAAAUUCUCAACACACCAUCGGACCAGCCAGAUCGACUGCCAGAACAGCCUGUUUUUCAAAUUUUGGGAUUGAAAAAGAUCCAGCCAAAACAGGGAGAUGCCAGUGACCGUUACAGGCUUGUCUUAUCUGAUGGAGUGCUUAUUCACACAUCUGCCAUGCUAGCUACUCAAUUAAAUGAUAAGGUAACAGAUGGUGAGAUUGAAGUUAAAGCUGUGGUUCGACUUGACAAGUAUAUUUGCAACAUCAUUCAGGAGACAAGGAAGGUGCUCAUUUUGCUGGAAUUAACUACAGUAAAGAGAGCGUCUGAGGUUCCUGGAAAGAUUGGUAAUCCUAGAAAUGCGGCUGAUAACAAUGCGGGAGGCCAGCAGAAUGGAAAUGCUGCUCCAGCACCUAAGAAUGUUGGAGGAGGUUCGUUUGGAGGCCAGAACAAUCCGCCUGCACAGAGACAGCACGCGCAAACGUUUGGCUCAAAAGGAUUUGGUGGUGGAUCUAGUUAUAAAAGUAACCAGCCUGUCAACAGAGGUGGUGAUGGCGCCAAGACUGUGUUCCCUAUUUCAGGUCUUACCCCAUACCAAAAUAGAUGGACCAUCAGGGCGAGGAUUACAUCCAAGUCCAACAUUCGAACAUGGAACAAUUCUCGUGGAGAGGGUAGACUCUUCAAUGUUGAGAUGGUGGAUGAAUCGGGUGAGAUUAGAGCAACUGGGUUUAAUGAAGCAGUGGACAAGUUUUAUGAGAUGCUGGAGGUCGAUAAGGUUUUUUAUAUCACAAAGGGAUCUCUUCGCACUGCCAAUAAACAGUACUCAUCAAUCAGAAAUGACUACGAGAUGUACCUUAACAAUGAUACCAUCAUUGAACCGUGCAAUGAGACCUGUAAUCUGCCCACACUGCAGUACAACUUUGUGAACAUCGGGGAUCUUGAGAACAUAAACAAGGACCAAAUAGUUGAUAUCUUGGGUGUUGUUACAAACGUUGGAGACUUAGCCCAAAUCACGACAAAAACUACAAACAAGCAGGUGUCCAAGCGUGAUAUUACCCUGUUGGACAGAUCUGAGAAAAGUGUGACUGCAACACUCUGGGGAGAUGAGGCUGAGAAGUUCGAAGAGCAUGCUGGUAAGAAUCCUGUCCUCGCCAUCAGAGGAGCAAAAGUGUCUGACUUUGGUGGCCGCAGCUUGUCUGUUCUCAACUCCAGCAACAUGCGAGUGAACCCUGUGGACAUGAAGGAGGCACAGGUUCUCAGAGGCUGGUACGAUAACACUGGCAAGAACCACGAGGUGGCAUCCAUUUCGAGUCAGCGCUAUAGUGCAGGUGGUGGAGGUCCACUGAAGUUCCUCUCGCAAAUCAAAAAUGAACAGCUUGGCAUGGGUGAGAAGGCUGAUUACAUCUCCGUGAAAGGAGUCUGUGUGUACUUCAGGAGAGAAAACUGCAUGUAUAAGGCGUGUCCCAGCGAGGAAUGCAAUAAAAAGGUGAUUGAGGAAGACUCUGGUUUUUACUGCGAGAAAUGCGGACGGAAAUACCCCAAUUACAAAUACCGUCUGAUCCUAUCGGCCCACCUUGCUGAUUUCACGGGAAGCCAAUGGGUCACAUGUUUCCAGGAAUCCGCCGAAGCACUUCUUGGAAGAUCUGCAAGCGAUCUGGGACAGAUGAAGGAGAAUCAAGACGAGGCUCAGUUUGACCAAGUUUUUGCAUCCAGUGAAUUCAAGUUGCACACUUUCAAGAUAAGAGCGAAAAUGGAGACGUAUAAUGAGGAGACAAGGCUCAAGUGUUCUGUCGUCAAUGUCGUACCGGUAAACUACAAGCAGGAGUCAAAGCGUCUGAUUGACGAGGUUAAGAAGCUAAUUGCCAUGUAAACGCCGCAGUGACUAUGGGAACGCCAACAAGAACAGACUUAGUUACUCAUGGUUAUUCAUAUUUUGUAUCGAUUUAUGUAAUUGUAUCGCUAUUCCAUAGGGAUGAACUCAGUUAUACAAAAGACGGGGGUCCAACAACAUGGCUCAGUUCUCCCUUCACCAUCGUCGAACUUCCCUUUACGUUCCCUUUAUGAACGACUGCUCUGAUGUCUAUUGGACAAUUUACAACAAAGAGACUUUGUUAUAUACCAGUCUAGACGAGCAGGAUUCAUUUGUUCUAUAGAAAACUGGUACUAGAAGCUUGUACAUAAAGGUUUUUCUUAAAAUUACUAUUGUGCUACUUAAUUCAAUUUGUACCAGAGAAUAAACUUCGGUGCCCCA